UAAAAGAACUCCUAGAGUUUAGCAAUGAACCAGUUAGAGACUCAAGAGAAGACCGGACCGUUGGGGCAUGCACUAGGCUUGCUUAUGGCCUUGCCUGGUAAGUCCAAGGCCAAAGUCAUAGCAGGUGCAAAGUGCAUAAAAAAGCUUGCAGAAGAUGACCCAAGAAGAAUCACUCAUUCACUAAAACUGGGUUUGGCUCUAACAUUGGUGUCCUUAUUGUACUAUGUCAGACCUCUCUAUGAUGGGUUUGGUAUCUCAGGAAUGUGGGCUGUGCUAACAGUGGUGGUAGUCUUUGAGUUCACAGUUGGGGGGACUCUGAGCAAAUGCAUAAACAGAGGAUUUGCAACACUAGUAGCUGGUGCACUUGGGUUUGGGGCACAACACUUGGCAAGUAUAUUUGGAAAGAAAGGAGAGCCAAUUACUCUUGGAAUCCUUGUCUUCAUAUUGGCUGCAGCGUCGACAUUCACGCGAUUCAUCCCGCAAAUCAAGGCAAGAUAUGACUAUGGUGUGCUGAUAUUUAUACUGACAUUCAGUUUGGUAUCUGUAUCCGGAUAUAGAACCGAUGAACUCCUAGCGUUUGCCUAUCAAAGACUAUCAACAAUCUUAAUAGGUGGAGCAACCUGCGUAAUUGUAUCCAUCUGUAUCUAUCCUGUAUGGGCUGGUGAGAAACUUCAUCAGUCAGUUGCUUCCAAUUUAGAGAAGCUCUCAAGAUAUCUAGAAGGUUUUGGAGAUCAAUAUUAUCGCGGCGAGGGUGUUGAAGAAUCGAAAAAUGAGAAAUCAUAUCCACAAGGAUAUGAAAGUGUUCUUAAUUCAAAAUCCGCUGAAGAAGCCUUGGCAAAUUUUGCAGUAUGGGAACCUGGACAUGGAAAAUUUAGGCUAAGGCAUCCAUGGCAGCAAUAUUUGAUGAUUGGAUCGCUCACACGACAAUGUGCUUGUCGCGUUGAAGCUCUCAAUGGCUUCAUCAACAACGACGCCAAAGGAUCGUCAAAAGUUCGAACUGAAAUUCAAGAAUCAUUGACAAAGAUGAGUAGAGAAUCUGGGGAGGCAUUGAAAGCAUUGGCUUCUGCAAUAAAAACAAUGACUGUUCCUUCCCCUGCCCAUUUCCAUGUAGAGAACUCAAAAGCUGCUAUUAAGGACCUUAAACUUGCUCUCAAAGCUGCAACUUCAGACAAUGCAGACAUCUUAGCAAUUGUACCUUGUGCAACAACUGCUUCAAUACUAAUGGAGAUCGUUGAUUGCGUAGAGAAGAUCACUGAUUCAGUCCACGAGCUUUCGAUUAAAGCACAAUUUAAGAGUGUAGAACCAACUGUGUCACCGGAGAAACCCCAAUUCCUUCAUCGUGGAAGCAUUAAGCCUGUCGCGGAAGUAGUUAUUACUGUAAAUGAGGCAUCUACUGAUCAUUCUCCAGAAGAUAAGAAUACUGGAUUAGCAACAAAACCCAUCAACCAUGUUGGAGUACCAUUUUAGUUUUAGUUUUUCCAUUUCUCAAAUGUAUUUUUCAGUUAAGCUAGCAAGCUCUGAUUGUAUCUCUCACACUAGUGUAAGAUAAUGUAGAGAGAAUGACUGUUAACAAACACUUAAUUGUUUCUUUCUUAAGCUUUUAACCAUGUAUUGGAUGAAGAAGAUUUGAAUAUGUUAGUGCACUUCCUUUGAAUCCUUA